AUGAAGAACUUGCCACGGUUGAGACCGACAAGAUUGAUGUUCCUGUCAACAGCCCUAGUGGCUGUCAAGUAUCUCAUCGAAGAGGGCAACGCGGUAUCUGUCGGUCAAAAAGUAGCAGUCAUCGAAACACAAGACGACCAAUCGCCGCCAGAAACGCAGGUCAUAGACAAGCCACCGGAGCUCAAACCGUCGCUGUCCGCUGCUGUAGGGAAUACAGAGCCUCCCGUCAAUGCGGGCGCCCCUAUUUCAUCCGGAGAACGCGUGGUGAAGGCAUCAAGAAUGCGGAUGGCUAUUGCGAGGAAUCUCAAACAGGCCCACAACACUUACGCUUCCACGACGACAUACCAGGAUAUUAACAUGUCGAAUCUUCUGAAAUGGAGAGAUCAGAAACGCCCCCGAGUGGCUGAAAAGUACGAAGUGCGUCUUGGAUUCAUGGGGGCAUUCACACAGGCUGCCACGUUGGCCGCCAGAGAUGUCCCGGAGAUCACGGCGACGCUCAAUAUGGACGAACGGACAAUCACCUACAGGGAUUACACCAACAUUAGCAUCGCUGUUUCGACGUCACGGGGCCUCGUAACGCCUGUCCUUCGGAAUUGCGAGAACCAGAGUAUCAUUGAGAUUGAGAGGCGGGUUGCUGCAAUUGCACAAAAGGCACGGGACAGCAAGCUUGUCCUGGAAGACCUCGUAUGUGGGCAUUUCUCAAUCAGCAACCCUGGGAUCUUUGGCUCAUACUAUGGCACCCCUUUGAUUCCUUGGGGCCAAGUCGCAACCUUCAAUCUCAAUUCCAUCAGAGAUCGCGUGCUUCCUAUAGAAGGGAAGCCUGAGAUCAGACCAUAA